CUUCAGUGAAGUUAUAUAUCCGUAAUUCUCUUCCAACCGGAGACAGUUCGUUCUCACUGGUUUGGAUUGAUACGUGUGGUAUAUUUUACAGUGUGAUCGUCGGCAAGAUGGUACACAUCAUUACAGGAGAGGACGACUUGAAAGCGAGGUUGGCCGAUGCCGGCUCCAAUCUUGUUGUCAUAGACUUCUUCGCUGAUUGGUGUGGACCUUGCAAAGCAAUUGCUCCAAAAUUUGAGGAGCUCUCGCAGAAAUACCCGGAUGUUGUUUUCCUGAAAGUUAAUGUUGAUGAUAAUGAGAGCAUUGCUGUCACAUACGAUGUGAAGGCAAUGCCCACCUUCGUCUUUAUUAAAGACGGCAAAACCUUGGACUCGUUUGCUGGAGCAAACGUGGAUAAGCUCACCCAGCUUCUGGUGCAACACAAAUAAGAGUUAAAAAGGCUGAGCAUCUUAGGGGUUUCACAUCCUCGAGGUGCGGUCCUUUGGAGUCAUGCCAGUUUCAGUUCAAAUUAAAUUACCAAAUGUGGUGAAACAUGCAUUUUUUCACUGCACUAUAAAUGUAUUGUUUUACAGUAUUUAUAAUUUUUUAAGUUUGUGUUGACGUAUUUAUGAAUCUUCCAGUUUUAAUUUUAAAUUUGCAUGGCUAUUUCUAAAUUUUGUUAAUGCCCAUUGAACUGUAUUAGAAAUAUAUUUUGUAAAGAAUGAGUAAAAAGUGCUGCUUUAAUGUGAAUGUUAGUGUGCUUUUGGAUCAUGUUGUGUAAUUUUUUGUUUUAAUAUGAACAUAUGUGAAUCACUGAUCUGAAAUUUUCUGGUUAGUUUUGACUGUUACUGGUGAAGGACGUUAUCAAAAUUACUAACUUGAGUGUUCUCAUUUGUUAGUUCAGAACUAGUUAUUGCAGACAUGCAAGUGCAAAUUCUACCAGUGGAGGAAGUUGCUAACAGGGAUGCUUUGUUCUUAGCAGCACUUUCAAGACAAGAUAAAGUUGAGCUUGGAAUUUUAAGUUUUAUGGAAAUUUUACUGUUUAAGUGCCUUUCAGAUCUAAAGAAAAUGUGUGAAAGCUUUGCUUAAAGUGUGCAGGCAUGAAUACUGAGAUUCCCUCUUAAGUUGAGGAGAUAGUAUUCACUUAUAUGCAAUAUAAGAAAUUUUUAAACAAGAUUUAAAUUCAGAGUUCAUAACAUUGUCAUAAAAUGCAUUCCUUUCAUUCUGCUGUUGUAGACAUAUUUCAUAUGGCAGUCUGUGUAGGAAAUGUGGUUGUUGCUUUGCUGUUUUGUAACAUUUACAAAUGUCUGACCUUCAAAACAUAUUGUCAUUGUUGAAAAUAAAUUUUUCCAAUUUA